AUGGCUUUGACAAUAGCAUCACUAAACGUCAGGGGAUUAAGAGACAAUACAAAGCGUAGAGAGGUGUUUAAUUGGCUUCGCAAAAAAAAUUACUCGGCAUAUAUGCUACAAGAAGUCCACUGCACUGAAAAUACUAAUCACGUAUGGUCUGCUGAAUGGGGCUAUCAAGCUAUUUUUAGUACUUAUAAGAGCAAUAAAGCAGGGGUAUGCAUCCUUUUCAACAACAACUUCGAUUUUCAAAUAGAAAAAACUUACACUGACCCCCAAGGACGCUUCAUUAUUUGCGACAUUAAAACCAAUGAAAAGUGUUUUACUUUAGGGAACAUAUAUGCUCCUAAUGAAGACAACCCAACUUUCUUCCUUGACUUCUUUGAUCACCUUGCAGAUUUCAAAUGUGAUGAUAUUAUUAUAGGAGGCGACUACAACCUUGUACUGGAUUUAGAGAAGGACAAGAUGGGUGGUCUUACUAAAACUCACCAAAAUAGUGUUAAAGUUGUUCAAGAAUUCUCUGAGAAACUAGAUCUGGUAGACGUCUGGAGGAUUCUACACCCAGACACUAGUAGAUUUACCUGGAGACAACGUCAUCCAAAAGUACACUGUAGGCUCGAUUUUUUUCUAGUAAGCCAAAGCACAGUUAACAUCACGACCCUCGCAGAUAUCGUCCCAGGUUAUAAAACCGACCACUCAAUGACUACGUUAUGCUUAUCACUACAUUCAAAUCUACGUGGACCAGGUUUCUGGAAACUAAACACAUCUUUUUUAACUGAAUUGGAUUACGUAAACCAAAUUAAAACAACGAUUCAGGAAACACUCGAUGAGUACAAAAAUGACGAAUCGGUAAAUCCUUCACUUCUUUGGGAAAUGAUAAAGCUAAAAGUGCGCGAAAAAUCGCUCCGCUACUCCAAGAGCAAAACAAAGCAAGCUAAACAACGCGAAACAUUUCUGGAACAAACAAUUGCCAGAUUAGAAGCGGAUCUCGAUAAUAAAAACUCCGAUGAAAUGCACUCCUUACACCUGGAGGAACAAUUGAAUGAAAGCAGGCUUGAGCUUGAAAAGAUAAUUGAAAUCCGCACCAAAGGCGCAAUUUUGAGAUCUAAGUCUAAAUGGUAUAAUGAAGGAGAGAAAAACACCAAGUAUUUUCUUAAUUUAGAAAAACGACACUACAAGCAAGGGACAAUAAGUCAAAUUAAAAUAAACGAUAGCGAAUUUGUCACCUCGGAUAAAAAAAUAUUAACUGAAUGUGUGGCGUUCUAUAAAAAUCUCUACUCAUCCAAAGGUAACACAUACAACCAAGAUGGUACAACUGUUUUCUUUGAGGGUGGUGAUGAAAGAGCCAUUGACGAACAUGAAUUAACUUCGUGCGAAGGAGUUUUAACUGAAAAAGAGUGCCUUGAGGCUUUAAGAGAUAUGGAAUCAGAAAAGACCCCUGGGACCGACGGCCUACCAGCCGAAUUUUACAAAGUGUUUUGGAAAGAUGUAUCCAGCACCCUAAUUAGCGCACUGAACUACGCUUAUGAAACUGGAAAACUCUCAAUAACCCAGAGAAGAGGAAUUAUCAAACUUAUCCCUAAGAAAGACGCAGAACCGUUCUUUAUUAAGAAUUGGAGACCCCUAACCCUCCUGAACAGCGACUAUAAAAUAGCGGCAAAAUCAAUUGCUAAUCGCUUGAAACCUCUCCUCCCUGAUCUCAUUAAUUACGACCAGACUGGCUUUAUAAGAGGUCGUUUUAUCGGAGAAAACAUCCGCCUUAUCGAUAGCGUUAUUUGCUACGCUAAAGAAAACAAUAUACCAGGAUUACUUUUGUUUUUAGAUUUUGAAAAAGCUUUUGACACGAUAGAAUGGCCUUUCAUUAGGAAAACCUUUCAACAUUUUGGUUUUGGUAGUAGCAUCUUAAAAUGGCUAAACCUUUUCUAUUGCUGCCCAGAAAGCUGCGUUUUGAAUAAUGGUUGGGCGAGUGAUUUUUUUGAAAUCCAAAAAGGUGUAAGGCAAGGCUGUCCCCUCUCACCUUAUCUGUUUGUUCUGGCAGUAGAAGUUUUAGCUAAGGCAAUUCGUGAAAAUAAAAGUAUUAAAGGGAUCUUUGUAAACGGUAAAGAAAUAAAACUAAGUCAGUAUGCAGACGAUACAACUCUUAUACUAGAUGGAACAAAGGAAUCGUUAAUAGCCUCUCUCAAAACACUGGACGAUUUUUAUGAAGUCUCUGGCUUAAAACUUAAUGACAAAAAAACAGAAGCCUUUUGGAUUGGGGCAAAUUGUAACAAAGAUGAAAUAUCAAUUGUCGGAAGAAACUUUAAAUGGCCGAAGUGUAAAGUUAAAGCUUUAGGUGUCUGGUUUUCAAAUGAUCCGGAAGCAACUGCAACUUUAAAUUAUAAUGAAAAACUAGAUAAGGUCCGGAAUGUUUUGAGCUGCUGGAAAUACCGUAGACUUACCCUAGUUGGAAAGAUAACGGUCCUAAAAAGUCUGGUUGCCUCUCAGCUCGUUUAUGUGCUCUCACCUUUACAUACAAAUGUGAAAAUUAUCAAAGAAGUAAACAAGUUAUUUUUUUCAUUCCUCUGGAAUGGAAAAGGAGAUAAAAUCAAACGAGACAUUAUAACAAACGAUUAUGCUAAUGGAGGACUUAAAAUGAUAGACAUACAGUCUUUUAACAAGUCCCUGAAAGCUACAUGGAUUAAAAAAUAUCUGGAUGAAGAGAACCAGGGAAAAUGGAAAUAUUUUUUUGAUAUAGAGUUAGAGCGAUUUGGAGGCACAAUAGUCCUCACUAGUAAUUUAAACAAGAAAGAUACCAUUGAGAAUCUCAAGAUUAAGAAUAACUUUAUAAAAGAGAUACUUUCAAUCUGGGCGGAAGUCAAUUUUGAUGAAAACAUAACGUCCGAGAAACAAUUUCUUGAACAAACUUUAUGGUACAACUCACUCAUUAGAAUCGAUAACUGCCCCGUCUUCUAUCGUGAAUGGUUUGAUCGAGGCGUUACGAAAGUGAAACAUUUGAAAGAUGAACAUAACAAAUUUUUAUCACUAGCUGAGCUGCAGCAAAAAUACAGCCUCAAAGUUUGUCUUUUAAAGUAUUUCGGACUAGUGUCUGCUCUAAAAUCUCUUUGGACUACAUGUAAAACAAACUGUAUCAAAAACUGCAACAAUUAUGAAACCUUUGUAGUAAGAUUAACAGAAUGCCAAAGUGCGAGCAAACUUGUAUACACCAAGUUGCUUUCUACAAAAUGCAAGUUACCAUCCCAUAAUCAACAGAAAUGGCUAAAAGACUGCAACGAAAAUGAUGUGGAGGCGAUUAAUUGGCGGGAAGCCUACCAGUUGGCCGCUAAAUAUACUAAAAGUACAAGAAUUAUUGAAUUCCAAUAUAAAUUUUUACAUAGACGAAUAUCAACGAACGACUUCUUAACAAAAAUUGGCGUAAAAGACAACCCAAAUUGUUCUUUUUGUAAUAAUGAACCGGAGAAACUUCUUCAUCUUUUUUGGUCUUGUCCUAAAGUGGCCUUUUUCUGGCAUAGUUUAUCUCUUAAGCUGACUUUGCUCCACAUUACACCGGAACAUUACACAUUAGAUAUAUUUGUUGCACUUGGUCUAAAGCCGGAUUCUUCAAAAAACUGCCAGCAAAUUAAUUUCCUUUUCCUUCUAGCCAGAAAUUACAUCUGGAUUAGCAAAAGAAGGGAAACCUCGCCAAAGAUAGCAGGCUUCCUGCAAUACCUCAAAUCAUUCUACCACAUAGAGACCACUGCAGGUCCCAUUUUACCAAAAAAAUGGGAAAAUGUGAGCUCCUUAUUUCAGUAAGCCUUUGAUUUUGUAUACAUUUGUAUAUCUCGAUCCUCUGCUCAUUUUCUCCAGCAUUAACCUGGUGUAUCUUUUGCUUCACAAUCGCUGCCUCUUUAAGACACUUAAGAUAUAAGUGCGUUUACCGUGAAUGUUUGGUUUUGUAAAUGUUGGUUUUGAAGUACAAUUACUAAUUAGAACUGCUUGUAAAUAGUGCAUUGUAGUGCGAGUAGUGAGUAGGUAGUGUUGUAAGUACUGAGUAUUGUAAGUCUUUACAUUGUAAACAGAGUAAGUACCUUAGUCUAUUGUAUUCUAAAUAUUGUAUUGU